UUUAAUAUAUAAUUGAAAUAAAAUACUGCCAAUCAUACGCCGACUUCAAACCCUUCUUCUACCUUUCUCGAAUUCUGGGUUUCCCUCUUUCCCCCAAUCCAGGUUUAGGGAGUAAAAGAUUUGCAGGAAUUUGCCGGAAAUAUGUCUUAUGCGUAUCUUUUCAAGUACAUCAUCAUCGGCGAUACUGGAGUCGGGAAAUCGUGUCUUCUCCUACAAUUCACAGACAAGCGUUUCCAGCCAGUGCAUGACUUGACCAUUGGAGUCGAGUUUGGAGCUCGGAUGAUUACAAUUGACAACAAGCCCAUCAAGCUUCAGAUAUGGGACACUGCAGGUCAAGAAUCCUUUAGAUCCAUCACAAGGUCUUAUUACAGAGGAGCUGCUGGUGCACUUCUGGUGUAUGAUAUAACUCGGAGGGAAACAUUCAAUCAUUUGGCUAGCUGGCUAGAAGAUGCAAGGCAACAUGCUAAUCCAAACAUGACGAUCAUGCUAGUGGGCAACAAAUGCGAUCUCGCCCACAGAAGGGCUGUUAGCACCGAGGAAGGAGAGCAGUUUGCCAAAGAACACGGGUUGAUUUUCAUGGAGGCAUCGGCAAAAUCUGCGCAGAAUGUUGAGGAGGCUUUCAUCAAAACAGCUGCAACAAUAUACAAGAAGAUUCAAGAUGGAGUUUUUGAUGUUUCGAACGAGUCUUAUGGGAUAAAAGUGGGAUACGGUGGAAUCCCGGGAACUUCAGGCGGGAGGGACGGUUCUUCUCCACAAGGCGGAGGCUGCUGCAGUUAAGAGCUCUCUGUAAUAUAAUUCAUCCCGCUCGUAUACACUUGUAUGUUUAUCGGUAUACUGCUUUCUGCUUCUUGUUCUUUCUUCUUUUCGAGUGCAACCAUUGGGCAUGGCAGCUGUUUAUUUUUGUGGGAAUUGCACAUACCACAAGUUUGGCAAACUAUUGUGUUGUAAGAUCAUGGUAUCUGUUGAUAUGGAAUACACCAUCGUGAGUAUAUAUACUUAUAGUACAGUGAUCAUUUGUUUUUUACUUA